UAAACUGUGUGGUGGAUGGGAAUGUGUGGUGAGGUGGGAUAAAGAUUUGGUUACAUUACGUACAAUUAAAAUGCACGGUUUAUUCAUUAAUCGAACCAUCUUGCUGUUUAUUCUAAGUUUCCUGACCGACAUUUGCGCCAGUUACGAAAUUCUUGUAAUAUUUCCGGAACCCACAAAAAGCCAUGGAAUUUUGGGAGACGGCUACGUACGAAAUCUAUUGGAUGCCAAUCACAAGGUUACGUACAUUACUCCAUUCCCCUGGAAGGAACCACCGAGCAAUCUCACGCAAAUAGAUAUUAGCUCUAAUCUGGCAACGUCUGGCGAAUAUUUCCAGAACUUGACAGUAGAAUAUCCGAACAACUACGAUUUCCUGCAAAUGCUGUCGUAUACGAUGGGGCGCCUCGUGGUAACCCAUCCUGCAGUGCAGGCCUUCCUAAGGAAGCCUGAUGUUAGAUUCGACGUGGUGGUCGCGGAGUGGAUAGACUCGGAAAUGUAUUCUAGUUUCGCAGGCUACUUCUCCGCUCCCCUGAUCUGGUCAGUAUCGACGCAGCUGUACUGGCAACCUAUCCGACUGAUGGACGAGGUUCCCAAUCCGUCAUACUCCGCCGACGUCAACUCUGGAUACCUACCGCCUUUGACCUUCAUACAGAGGCUGAAGGAACUCAAUGUGCAGAUUAGGAAGCUGUGGAUAUUACGACACAAAAUCCAUCCUCUAGAACUAGAAAUCUACGACACCAUCUUCAAAUCCGCUGCCAUGAUGACGGGAAGAGAUCUGCUGCCUUACACAGAAAUACCGAACAACUACUCGAUGAUGUUGGUGAACACACAUCCGUCUGUCGCGACGCCGUGGAGGCUGCCCCCGAGUGUGAAGGAGAUAGCUGGUUACCACAUCAAAUUGCCGGUAGAGGAUUUAGAUGUGGAUUUACAAUCCAUUAUGGACGCGUCACCGCAAGGUGUUAUUUACUUUAGCUUCGGGACGACGAACUCCGCAAAAAACAUGGAAGGUGGAAUACGCAAGGAAAUUUUAGAAUUGUUCAGAAGCUUAAACCAAACAGUUUUAUGGAAAUUAGAUUUACGCUUGGAAAAUCUUCCGAAAAACGUACAUUUGCUCCAAUGGGCUCCUCAGAUUAGUAUAUUGAACCACCCAAACACAAAAGUUUUCAUCACCCAUGGGGGUCUUCUGUCCCUCAUAGAAGCGAUACAUUUCGGGGUGCCUAUGAUAACAAUACCGCAUGCUGGUGACCAAUACAGUAAUGCAGCAGCUGCUGUUAAGAAACAGAUUGCUAUCAAGCUGGAAAAUGGCCCUGGGCUUGCGUCAGAAUUGAGGGAUGCGUUGAGAAUGAUGCUUACAGAUUGGAAGUACCGGGACAACAUGAAGCGAGUGUCUCGCACGUAUCACCACCGUCCCGUGUCUCCAGGCAAAGAGCUGGUGCACUGGGUGGAGCACGUGGUCAUCACUCGCGGGGCCACAUACCUUCGAUCCCCUGCACUCCUGGUACCUUCGUAUCAGAAAGCGUACUUGGAUCUAGCGGCGUUAAUCUUAUUUGUAAUUAUUGUCAUUGUUCUAAUACUUUAUUUCAGUAUUCGAUGGUGCUUAAGAAGAAUACGGCAGAAAUGUAACUGUAAGCAUUAACAUUGUUACUCAAUUUAAUUUUAUUCCGUGCGUUCAGCAAUUAAGUUACCUAAGAUUGUCUCGUAUUUCAAAAAUAUUUACAAUAAAAAUAUGCAAAUAAAAGACAGAUUGAAUCAAUAAAGUCUAUACCUAGGUAUGUAGGGGAACCUACUUGUAUGUAAAACGCGGUUCCGAAAUGGGGAACCAAACAAGAACGAUUUGCAAACUAAAAUCUGUCCUAAAACCUCAAGCUAAGGCGUGUGACACACAAAACGUAGCUUUGGAAUUAACUUUAUA